AUGGGUAAGCAACAAGAAGCACAGGAAUGUGUGAAAAGAGGUUUGAAGGCAUACAAGCGAGCUUUAAUCCUUGACAAAGACAACAUGCAGAUUUUGAGAGAUCUCUCAUUACUCCAGAUACAAAUGAGGGGCUGUGAAGGGCGCAAAGAAUCUCGUCAUCAUUUGCUGCGACUUUGGCCAACGCAGAAAGUGUCUUGGUUGCUUACGUCACAGCAUAUCAUGUCUUGA